CUGAGGAACAGCCAAACACACUUUACUGCCCUGCAUGCAUGCCACUGUCAUCUUGUCCACUGCUGCUUCUGAAAGGUUGAAGUCCGUGGUUAAAAAAUGUUCCGGUCGUUCCAGAGGUAUAUUCAGGACUGCAUGAUGGAGCGCAGAAUCCAACAAAACCGUCUGGUGAGAAAAGAUGGCCGCUGUAACAUCGAGUUUGGCAAUGUCAAGUACAAAAAGCAAUUUGCCUUCCUCGUGGACUUCUGGACAACCUUUGUGGAGAUCCGUUGGCGCUACGUGCUCCUUUUCUUCAACAUGUCUUUCAUAGGCAGCUGGUUCAUCUUUGGCCUGCUGUGGUUCUGGAUUGCCAAGAGCAACGGAGAUCUAUGGUGGCAGAACCCCCCCUCUAACCACAUUCCAUGCAUGAGCAAUGUUGAUGGGCUCGCCUCUGCUUUCCUCUUCUCACUGGAGACACAGAGCACCGUUGGGUAUGGUUUCCGACUCAUUACACCACAAUGUCCCGGAGCCAUCAUCCUCCUCGUUAUCCAGGUCAUUGUAGGCACAAUAAUCAACAGUUUUGCAUUGGGGGUCAUUAUGACUAAAAUGGCCUUGCCCAAGAAGAGAGCCAAGACUAUCGCUUUCAGCAAGACAGCUGUUAUUUGCCCAAAGAAUGGCAAUCUAUGCCUUCUGAUCCGGGUGGCCAACCUACGUAAGACUCUGUUGAUAGGAAGUCAGAUCUAUGGGAAACUGCUGAGGACCACCAUAACCCCUGAAGGGGAAACCAUCAUCAUGGACCAGACUAACAUUGACUUUGUAGUUGAUGCAGGUAAAGACAACCUUUUCUUUAUCUGUCCCCUCACUCUUUACCACGUCAUUGACAAGAGCAGCCCAUUCUUUGAGAUGGCUGUAGACACGCUGCACCGGCAGGAGUUUGAACUGGUGGUGUUCCUUGAAGGAACAGCUGAAUCUACCAGCUCAUCCUGCCAAGUAAGGACCUCCUUCAUUCCCCAGGAGAUCCAGUGGGGUUAUAACUUCCUCCCCAUCAUUUCUCGCACUAAGGAGGGAAAAUACUGUGUAGACUUCUCCAACUUCUCCAAAAUGGUUCCAGUGACCACACCGCACUGCACCUAUUGUUUUCAUAGCGGAACGGAGCAUCAUCACUUCGAGAAUAAAGGCAUUGACAACAAAGCAUUUGAGGCAAUCAACAUACCUCAGGACACAAACGGUGUCUCAGCUGGUGUCACCGAGAUGUGAGCCAAAGUGAACUUUUAGCAACAAGAAAUGUUAUUGCACAGUUUCACAGGACCAAAACACAAUGGGACCUGUGGAAUGGAAAAGGUACAAAUCUGACAGAAGAAACCCAGCAAAUCUUUCCUAGUGGCUUUAAAAGGAUUUUGUGGGCUAUAAGAAUUCCUAAUAUCUCUACAAUCUCUUUAGCUGUGACCAAAUAGAGGACUGUUUCUCGUAAAAGUCAUGAAUAUCAAAUAACAGGAGCAGGUAAUAAAACUUUGCUGGCUGAAGUAAUUUCAAAAGAUGAUUAUAAUCAUAAGUUGCAGAGGUUGCACGAGACAGCAUCUUAGAAAAGGAAAAGACUAUUUCGUUCUGUUUGUACUCUUAAAAAUUUAGGGCAAACGGGACCUACUCCCAGUCAAUGUCAGGGGAAACAAAUUGUUAUGUUGUGUCUUAGAGCAAGAAAAAUGUAGAACAGAGAAGUUCUAGAAGUUCUGUUACAGAGAACAGAGAACUAAUAUGGUACAGAAUAUCCCUGGGUGAUGAAAAAAUUACCUUAUUUUUCAAAGUGCUGCUUAAACACAAUGAUAAUGAGUAGGUUGCAGUUCACAUCAACACUUGAAUCAUGAAGGUAAACCAGGCAGGUUAUGGACGUAUUACUUAGAUAUUCAAGAGCUGGUAAAUUAUUAAUAGCCAUGGUAAGGAGAAAUGGUUUUAUUUCCUAUUUUUAUUGCUUGGAGGGAGUACUCUCAGUAAGAGCACACAAGUCACUUUGUCACAGCCUAUUGCACAAGUGUAAAGCACAAGGCACUCCAACCCUAACC